AUGCGAACGUCCCCCAACAUCAUCAUCACCGGCACGCCUGGUGUGGGCAAGACCGUGCACUGCGAACAGCUCGCGCAGGAAACGGGUCUAAAGCAUCUUUCGAUCAAUACAGUCGCAAAGGAGCGAGGUUGCCAUGACGGAUAUGAUGAGAAGUUGAAGAGCUGGAUAGUGGACGAGGACAAGGUACCAAUUUUUUCUUUUCCUUACUACUACCUACUAGAUGAAAUUGAAAAUGAGGUUGCGCAAGGCGGGUACCUGAUCGACUGGCAUGCUUGCGAUUUGUUUCCGAAAUCGUGGAUUGAUCUUGUGGUUGUGCUACGCUGUCCGUCAACAUCGAUUCUAUAUGACCGACUCGCUUCCAGGGGCUACGGGGAAGAUAAGCUGCAAGAAAAUCUCGAUGCUGAAAUUUUUGAAGUCCUACUCGAUGAAGCGCGACAAGCAUACGACGAAGAAAUUGUUGUCGAGUUAAUGAGCGAGAAUGAUGACGAAAUCGAGAGCAAUUGCUCGAGGAUCGUUUCUUGGAUAGACGCCUGGCAACAGAAUCGCACGACUACGGAUGGGUGA